UGCACAAAGACCUGGAUGGACUGAAUAUCAGAAUCAGCAUACUUUAUUAAUCGCUAGGGAAAUUAUGUGGAUUACAGUAGCUCCAGUACAGUAACAUUAACAAAAACAGACGCUCAACUUGCGGCCCCAGCAUGCAACAGCAUAGAGGAUAGCACUGGCCACAACAGACUCAUAGAAAAUCCUGAGAAUUCUCCGACAGAUGUUGAAGGACCUCAGAAAAUAGAGACGACUCUGGCCCUUGCCGUAAAGUGCAGUAGUGUUUUUAACCCAGUCCAGUUCAUUGUCUAUAAUAUAGAAUAAUUUAAUAUAUUGUCUAUAUUGUCUAUAUCUGUGGAAAUUUGAGCAAAUAGUUGAUCAAUAAUAUUUGUUUCGGGAGGCAUCUGUUUCAAGAGCUUAUGUCCAAGAUCCAGAUUACAAAGAGCAGUAACAAUGUGCAGGUAUGAUAAGUGACAACAUAAAAGAAUGAUAAGAAAUGCUGCCACAAAUUGGACACUUGCAUGAACUGAUAUGUGACAUGCUUGUAUAAUUUAGUUUUAAGUACAAUUUAAGAUGUAAGUUAAGUUUAAAAUGUGUAUACAUUAUCAGGCAUGCUUUUAUUUAAGUUAAUCUUGAAAUAAGUGUUUUUCCAGUAUUAAUCUAAUCACUGCAAGAAAUUAAUUCUGCUAACACUACUCAUUUGGCAACAGAGAGUAAGUAAAUUAUCAGUUCCUACUUCUCUAUUUUUUCCAGCUGUUAGUUACUUAGUUAGAGAAACACCAGCUGAAAGCUUUUGCAUGUUCAUAUGCAUUUGGUUGGUAUUAAGAGUUCCUCUGAUUGGAAGUAUGGCCUUACCCCUUUGACUUUCCUCUGCACGCAAUAGGUCUUGAAAGUAUUUCCUUGCACACCCUCACACUGAUUCAUACUUUCUAGUGAUCGUCAAUGAGGAAGAAAAAAAAAGUCAAACCAAACAGAAAGAGAAUAAAGGAGGGAGGCGGGAGUGAUGAGUGCUUAAAACAGCAGGCAGUCAUGAGGCAAAGGAUUCACUGUCUUCAAUGAGCUGGCAUGUAUUUGUAUGAGUGUGUGUCUGAAGUACUAUGAGGUAGAGCAAUCUGAGUAGGAGUGGGAAAUUAAAAACCUGGGCACUGGGAUAGGGCAGAUAAAAAAAAGUGUUGUGAAAGGUAAAAACAGGAGAAGGAGGAAGAGGGAGAGAGAAAAGUUGGACAGUCUAAAGGUUAAGACUAACAGGAGGGGAGAGGUAUGAGGGGACAUCAUAUAAAGUCUUUCUUCUCUUUCAUGAUCACUCUCCUCGGUUUGGGGACCCUGAUAACCACUCUCAUCUGGUACAAGUUGGACAGCAAUCAUGAGGAACCUCACCGACCACCUCCUCAAAAGAAACAUGCCCCAAAGCUGUCAGAAAUUUGCAAAGGCUGCAAGGAAAUCAUUGACAAAGUACAUCAGCGUUACAAUCAAACCUGGAAGAAGAACGAGAAAAAUUACUUAAAAUUCAGAGACAAUCUGAGAGUUAAUUGCAAUGGCUUUGACAACGCCAUUAUUACACAGAACAAUACUCCUCUAGGAUCGAAUAUUGUUUACAGUGGGGAAAGGAAGAGGACUCUUCAGGUGAAAUGGGACUAUUUUGACUUGUUCUCAAAGGAGAAUCCUUUCUCAAAUAAGAAAUGGGACACUUGUUCGGUUGUUGGGAAUGGUGGGAUCCUGUCUGAGAGCAGCUGUGGAAAAAUGAUUGAUUCAGCUGACUUUGUUAUCAGGUGCAACUUACCUCCUUUGGAAAAUGGAUACGAGAAAGAUGUUGGCAUCAAAACUAGCCUUGUGACAGCAAACCCAACCAUCUUCUUUAAUAAGUAUGGCUCGCUGGCUGGACGUCGCCUUCCAUUUGUGGAGAGUCUUCGCAAGUACGGCAACUCUCUGCUGCUCCUUCCUGCCUUCUCUUUUGGCAUGAAUACUGCUGUGUGUCAGCGAGUUGCAUAUACAAUACAAGACUUUAAAAGCCCUAUUCAACCUGUUUUCUUCAACCCUCAGUACCUUGAUAGCCUGGCUCAAUUCUGGCGCUCUGAAGGCCUGAAAGAAGUGCGGCUGAGCACUGGAUUAAUUAUGGUUAGCAUGGCCCUGGAAUUGUGUGAAAAUGUGCAUCUGUAUGGAUUCUGGCCCUUUAGUAAUCACCCAUAUGGCCUCUAUAAUCUGACUAACCACUACUUUGAUGACGUACCGCCUCAAGCAAUUGUCCACUCAAUGCCGGCUGAGUUUGAUCGCUUGUUGCAGCUUCACACUGAAGGGGUACUCAGGCUUCACCUAGGAGACUGUAAAUCAGAUGAAAAUAUUUCCCAGGGAUAGACAACAGCACAGAAGCAAAGCACAGAAGCAAGUACCUCUGCUAUAGCCUCAGGAUGAAACCAGUAAACUUUUUGCCUUUGUAAGGCCAUUGCGCUGUACAUUUUUGUACUUUCCCAGAAAUAUCUCUCACCCUGUAUUCUGAAAUACCUCUGUUACAUGAAGAUCCAUCCAUCCAUCCAUCCAUCCAUCCAUCCAUCCAUCCAUCCAUCCAUCCAUCCAUCCAUCCAUCCAAUCUCUUGAUUUUUAGACAGAAAACUCCAAUGCACUUAAUAUAAGGACUAUUUUGACAUUUUGUCAAAAAAUGUAACCAUGAAAAGUACUUUCAUACCUUACGAAGAUGAAUGUAUAGUGCCUGAGAAAAUCAGACAAAUGUUGUAGUUCUGUGAUAUCAGUUUUGCACUUUUGCACUAAGUGAGAUUCAUGCUUCUGUGUUAACUCUGCACCACAGGUACUGUACAGCAUAACUUCAAACCUCCCUAAUACCCAGUGCCAUAAUUCAGUAACUUGACCUACACUUCCAUAGAAAUGUAAUUACACACUGAGUGGAUGCAACCUACAAUGACUGUGAUUGGCCCGAUCAGUGCUGUCACUUCCUAAGCAUUUCCAGCUACUUCUUUUACUGCUGCCAUUUUCUAAAUUGACCGGCAGGGAAUGGAUGAACUUGAAGAGAGAAACUUGCUGACCACUUGUGUCUCCUAGUCUCUGUAUAGAUUCAGUGCUCAAGUACAAAUUACACAUUAUUUUCAUUAAUAUUUCUGAAUGUGAUUCAGGCAAGAGGCAGUGGAUUGUGUCCAUUUAUCUUUGUAUUGGUCCUUCAUAAAAACAACUUUUAAAAUCCCACUCCCGCUGAAUUUCUGACCAUUACUGCUCGCUGCCAUGUUUUUCACUUUUGCCCAGUACACAGUAUUUCUGUCCAAGCCCACACUAGGUUUAUUCAAAUUCAGCAAAAAUCUCACAGCACUGAUAGCUCUUUGGCCUUGAUUGGUCUGUUGCAAUGUUGAUCAUGGACCAACAUUUUUAUGAUGGUCCAGGAACAACACAGGCAUGUGGAUAUCAAAUACAUGUGUUGUCAGGACACUGUGGGUUAGGUGUAUUCUGGUUGUACUGUUACUGCUCAUGGCUGUUCAUUGUUGUUUCAUCAACAGUAUGAGAUGAGAGGGAAAAAUAAGUGAAAAGGAAUAAAAACUUAUCAAAAUUUUUUGGAAUAGUGGGUGUGGGGACAUUCACUUGUGAGUGGCAAAAGAUUUCUCUAAACAUCUAAGAUGUCAAUAUUUAUCAUCGUUAAAUGCCUGAAAACAUGCCAAGAUUUACCAUGACAAUACAAUGUAUUUACUCUUGCACUCAGUUCAUAUGUAAUGACUGGAAAACCACAUGACACUGCAAUUGGCUGGUAGAAUGGAAGCAUGAAUUAUUUCUGUAAAAAAAACACAGCUUUUAUCUUGAACUUUCUGAGUAGAUGUUCAACAGAGAUCUUGAAAGUGAGUCUAGUAAUCUGUCAGAAGUAAGUAUUUGGAGCAAUUAACCAUUUAAAUGUUAUGGUGUAGACAAUACCAGAUAUUUAGUUUUAUCAAUUAAGCAUAAAAUACUCACGUUUUAAGGUGAGAGACACAUGUUAAAAGAAGCUAGCACCUGCAAUGUCCUGAUGAAGGGAAAAGCCAUCAUCUGGUAUAUAAAAUGCUACAAUCUGUGUGAAAACAAACAUUACUUAUUUAAUUUUUUUUUAUAUAUUUCCAAGUCUGAGAUGGUUUGGGCAUGUGCAGAGGUGGAAUAGCGCAUACAUUACACAAAGCAUGUUGAAUAUAGAGCUGCCAGGUAGCAGAAAAAGGAAAACUAAGCAGGUUUGUGGAUGUAGUGAAUCAGGACAUGCAAUGGGUUGAUAGGAGGAGGGCACUAGAGAUAGGGUGAGAUAUCUUAUUUGUGAGAUUCUUCUUCUUCUUCUUCUUCUUCUUAUUAUUAUUAUUAAAACAACAGCAGAAUCCAUCAGUUAACUUAUGCAAAGUGUGGAGCCCACAUUACUUUUACACACUCUGUAUUGCUUAUAGUAGACAAUGAUUUAAAGAUUUAAUUUAUUGA